CGCAGCUCACCUCGCAGGAGGCUUUACUGGAGCUGUCCUCCGCCCUGCCAUCGCCCGCCAACGCGUGCAGUCGCCGCGGAGCCGCUGAUGAGCUCCUGGCUAGCGUGGUCGACUACGCCGGGGUCGACCAGGGCGCCGCAGCGAGGCCGUGCAAGCGCUCUCUGGUGUCGAUGCCAGCGGUUGGGGAGAGCUCUGCUCCACUGACCUCGCUGGCUGGUGAGCUGGAGAGGGAGUUGAUGAGGCGGCCCGUAGAGACGAUGCUGGCGGAUUCCGACGAUGUGGGUUGGAGGUCUGAGAAGAUGAGUCUGAUCAACGCGCGGAUCUUCAUGGGCGGCCUCGAAGGGUUGAGCGAUCGCGAGCCUGACCGGCCUGCUCCUAUGGGGCGGAGCUGGGCGUUCUAUUCUGGCCAGAAGAUCUUGGGGGACCUCAUCGGCGAGGCGCUGAGGGUCUUCGCCCAGUACGCCCUGCUAAGAGACGUCGGGCCGAUUCCCGACGUAGCUUCGGAGCUGGGCGCGCUGCCGGACUGCGACGACCUCGUGGUCUUUGGCCUGGGCAAGGGCGCCGUGCAGCUGGCCGAAGACAUGGCGGGCUCCCACCUGAGGGCGAGAGGCCCCCCCGUCCGCGAGGAGGUCGACGCCUCGGUGAAG